AUGGAGAAAAAAGUAGUCACGGCAAAUGGAUCGAUAAAUCUGCCAACAGAAAUUAGUUGGCAAGGGUCAAUGUCCGAAAACUGGAGAUUUUUCAAACAAAGGUAUGAAAUCUUUAUUAUUGCAUCUGGAAAUGAAGCAAAGGACGGAAAAACAAAAACAGCUUUGUUAUUAAACGCCAUAGGAGACAGGGCAAUAAAAUUAUAUAAUGGAUUUAAUUUUGAGAAACCGGAACAUCGAUUCGAGUUUGAAAAAGUAGUUGAAAAAUUCGAAGAACAUUUUAAUCCUGAAAGGAAUGAGAUUUACGAAAGAUAUAAAUUCUUUACCAGGAAUCAAAAUGAAGGAGAAUCGUAUGAGGAGUAUUCAGUGGCUCUGAGAGAUCUUUCGAGUACGUGUAACUUCGAUUUUUUAACAGAUAGCUUGAUAAGAGAUAGACUAGUGUGUGGAAUUUCUGACAAAACAGUAAAGGAUAGAUUGUUACGUACAAAAGAUUUGACCUUAGCUAAAGCCAUUGAUAUAUGUCGUACAUCGCAAGAAACACAAAGGCAACUUGAGAAAAUUUGUUCUUCGACUAGUACUUCGAACAAUAUAGAUAAUUUAAACGAUGUAGACUAUAACAUACAAAAGAUUAAUAAAAAACCAAACACUGCAGAUAAUGCCGGAACGAAUACGAAGAAAGACAGAUAUACAAAUUAUACACGUGAGUGUCAAAGAUGUGGCUAUAUUCAUCCAGUGAAGAGAUGUUUAGCCUUUGGCAAGCGUUGUGUUCGUUGCAAUGGCUACAAUCAUUUUGCAAAUAAAUGCAAAAAUCGUUUUGUUCAUAAUGUGGAAGAUAAUAAUGAUGAGAGAAGAUGUGAAAAUAUGGAGGAGAAUAUUAAGACUAUAUUUUUUGGAUCAGUUUUCAUAAAUUCUCUAAAGGAAGACACGAAGGAUUGGACAAUUGUCGUUGGAUCUAAUAAUGUGUCUCUUGAUUUAAAAGUCGAUACUGGUGCUCAGGCAAAUUUAUUAUCUGGAAGAAACUUGUCAAGUUUAGGAUUAGAUAAAAAUAAUCUUUUAGAGUGUAAGGCCAGGCUGACAACAUAUACAGGUCAAGUAAUUAACUGUCUUGGAAAGUGUUCUUUGCCUAUUAAGUAUGAUGGCAAAAACUACGUAUUAGAUUUCUAUGUAGUAGACUCAGAUAAAGCAAGCAACAUAUUAGGACUACAUUCAGCGAUUAAAAUGAAUUUAGUUAAUCCUUUAAAAAAUCAAAAUUUAAAAAUCAAUGAAAUUAAUACAUUAUCAGAGUAUAGGGAUUUAUUUGAAGGCUUAGGAUGUAUGAAAGAGGAAUAUGAUAUUAAACUAAAACAAAAUGCCACUCCAGUUGUUCACGCGAGCAGACGAGUUCCAAUAGCAAUUCAACCAAUUUUAAAGAGAAAACUUGAUGAACUGGAGAAAAUAGGAGUGAUAUCUAAAGUAUCACAUCCUACAGAGUGGGUCAAUUCUUUAGUUAUUGUUCAUAAGCCUAACGGAGAUUUGAGGUUGUGCUUAGACCCUAAGGACUUAAAUGAGGUUAUCAAAAGGCAACACUUAGAACUACCUACUCUUGAGGAGAUCACUAGUAAACUUUCAGGUGCUAAGUAUUUUAGCACUCUAGAUGUAAAAAAUGGAUUUUGGAAUAUAAAGUUAUCUGCAGCAAGCUCUGAUUUAUGUUGUUUUAAUACUCCGUUUGGAAGAUACAAAUUUCUAAGAAUGCCUUUUGGAACUUGUAGUGCGUCUGAAGUUUAUCAACACCGAAUGCGUCAAAUACUAGAUGACUUAGAUGGGGUUGAUGUAUAUAUUGACGAUAUUUUGAUUUGGGGUAAAACGAAACAAGAACAUGAUAAACGUCUUAAAAAAGUAUUCGAUAGAUUGAGACAGGAGAAUGUAAAACUAAAUAAGGAUAAAUGUAAGAUUGACGUGCAGCAGUUAAAAUAUUUAGGACAUAUUAUAAGAAAGGAUGGUAUUACACUUGAUGAUAGUAGGAUAAAAGCAAUCGUAUCUAUGAAAAGUCCAAAGGAUAGAAAGGAACAGAAAGAUUUCUUGGAUUUGUUAAAAAAAGAUGUAAAUUUUAUCUGGUUAGAACAACAUGAAAGAGUAUUUAAUGAGUUAAAAAAGAUACUAACUGAGAAACCCGUAUUACAAUUUUUUGAUGAAAAGUUACCGGUAGUUCUUUCCGUUGAUAGUUCUAAGGAUGGAUUAGGCGCUGUAUUAUUACAAAAUGGAUUACCAGUGGCUUAUGCAUCAAAAGCUUUAAGCGAAUGUCAGCAGCGCUACGCGCAGAUUGAAAAAGAGUUGUUGGCAAUUUUGUUUGGCUGUGAAAGAUUUCAUCAGUUCAUAUUUGGUAGACAUAUAACUAUUGAAACCGAUCACAAUCCAUUAAUAGGCAUAAUAAAAAAACCAUUGAAUUCCACUUCGCCACGUAUACAACGUAUGCUAAUCAAGUUGCAAAAAUAUGAAUUUAAUUUAGUCUAUAAGCGUGGCAAGGAAUUGUAUAUAGCAGACACUUUAUCUAGAUCAUUCGAUACGGAUGACAGUCUGCAAAUUGACCUAGAAGAGAGUAAUAUUGAGGCUAAUAUUAAUCUAGUGAUAGAAACAUUAAACAUAAGUAAAAAGCAAUUAAAUAAUGUUCAAAACUUUACGAGAAAUAAUGAAGAAAUGAAGUUAUUAAAGGAAUUUAUCCUUAAAGGUUGGCCAAGCCAUAAAAUCUCUGUACCGGAGAAAAUAAGAUCAUAUUGGCAUGUAAGAGACAGCUUGACAUAUAAGUCAAACUUGAUAUUCAAAGGCAAUUCUUUGGUAGUGCCGCCUGAAUUAAGAAAGGAGAUGUUACAUCGGGCGCAUUUUCCACAUUUAGGCAUAACAAAAACGUUGUUGCGAGCAAAUGAGGCUAUGUAUUGGCCCAGAAUGGUACACGAAAUCACAGAAUUAGUAUCGCGGUGUGAAACAUGUAAGCUUUUUAGUAACAAUAAUAAAAAAGAGACUUUAAUUCCACAUGCGGUACCACAGUUACCAUGGGAAAAAGUGGAGAUUGCUGCGUUAAAAGAAAUAAAAAGUGAAGAUAUCAUUGAUAAGUUAAAACAAAUAUUUAGUAGACACGGCAUUCCACGAAAAAUAUUUAGUGACGGAGGGCCGCAGUUUUCCAGCAUGAGUUUUAAAGCGUUUGCUAAUCAAUACAACUUUGAGCAUAUUAUGUCUAGUCCAGAAUAUCCACAAUCAAAUGGCAUGGUGGAAAGAGAAAUACAGACCAUUAAAAAUUUGUUUAAAAAGGCUAUACAUGAGAAAAAAGACCCAUACCUAAUAUUAUUAGAAUUCCGUAAUACACCAAUUUCUAAUACAAUUGCAUCUCCUGCAGAAAACUUAUUUAAUAGGAAAAUAAGGGGUAUUGUUCCCAUUAAUCAGAAAUGUUUUUACCCAAAAGUCAACCGAAAUUUAAGAGAGAAAUUAAUAGAAAAGCAAAAUAAAGACAAAUAUUUUUAUAAUAGGAAUAAAAACGAUCUAAGACCAAUAGAAACGGGAGAAGGCGUGUUAUUUAGGAUAGGGAGAUUUUGGAAGAAAGGUAUUAUUAAAGGAAAGACAAAUGAUAGGACGUACAAGAUAGCAAAUGAAAAUGGGAGGAUAUUUGUUAGAAACAGGUUUCACAUAAAGCCUCUAAAUAUGAUUCCUUUUUACAUUCCCGAUUUCGAUAAUCAAGAAAGUGACGCAAUCCAACCAUCACAACAACAACCAUCAUCACCAUCAACAUCCUACUAUACAACAUCAUAUGGUCGGGUAGUUAGACCUCCGGUCAGGUAUGGUCAGGAAUAA